AUGACUGAACGUGCGCAAAAAGACUUUCUUCUUUCUUUCGUUCAUUGCAACCUAGCAACCCCCGGAAAUCCGCCCCAGCUCAAUCUACGUUUCACUUCAGUUCAGUUUCAUCUGAGUAACACUUCAGAUUCCAUCCAACUCAACAUUCUUAAUCGCUCACCGACUGGUGACUGGAACAAAAAGACGCAGUCCCGUCGGCAGUCUAGCGACCCAACAUCAGGCCGUGGUCAAUACCCAUUACCUCAGUACCUUACUUACCUCUUGGUAAUCUACUACCAUCAAGAGUUACUAGUGCCAGCCAAGGUGGAAGCUACCUACCUAGAGGCUAAAAAGGCGGGACUCCAGCUCGCGCUCUUGUUGGGUCAUUCAGGUUGUUGCCCACCAAGACAUUGUGCAGGUGUUGGGCUUCAAGUGUCAUCCAUAUCACGUCCCGUCAGCCAGCUACAACUGCCCAUCAUCGUCGUCAUCAUCGUCAAGCACCCCAGGGUUAUCGUCCGUCCGGCGCAUGUACACAUCGACUCUGGCCUCUGGUACGAACUGCAGCCACGAAGCUUCGACCAACCGCGACCGCCCAAACCGACUCCGUCAACUGCCCGAUCGUCCGAACCCUCAAACCAGCUACAGGCAACUCGACCGUGA